AAGAAAACGUCACUAGUCGCUCCAUAACAGACAUGUCUGCCCCGUGUGUGUCAGAUAUAGUUGAGGGACAACUUUAGGAACAAUAGCGAAUGGGUUUAUUGUUCGUCUGAACGCCGUCAGAUAUUUAUCGAGCUGGUGUCUGACUUCGUCGAAAAUGGGAAAGCACAGAUGUUGGUGCCAUUGAUGUCACCGGUGCAACCAACAAAACGUGUUUCUCCUGUCUCAGUAAUGUCAUCAUCACGUUGACUCGGUCCUGAUGAUGUCGUGGUCAGUUAUGCGGUUAUGGCUGAGCUCCUGUAAAAGAUGUUAUGUGAAUAGUGAGGUGACGCAGAGAGGCUUUCAUGGGCUCGUAGCGGUGAGCCACAGGACUUCAGUGCGGAGCGACAGGCGGACCAAAGUCAAGGUUACCGCCUCCAGGGGAAGAUGCUGCUCCUCAGACCAUGGCGGUGAGGUGAGGGUGAGGUUUGCACCAAGCCCCACAGGCUUCUUACACCUUGGAGGCCUGCGUACUGCUCUGUACAAUUACAUCUUUGCCAAGACGUAUGGAGGCUCGUUUAUCCUGAGACUGGAAGACACUGAUCAGAGCAGGCUGGUACCAGGAGCAGCAGAAUCCAUAGAGGACAUGCUGGAGUGGGCCGGCAUCCCUCCAGAUGAGAGUCCUCGACGCGGUGGGCCAGUGGGUCCGUACCUGCAGUCCCAGCGACUGGACCUAUACAACCAGACUGCCCUGCAGCUCGUGGAGAGUGAUCAUGCAUACUACUGCUUCUGCAGCACACAGAGACUGGAGCUGCUCAAAAAAGAGGCCUUGAAGACAGGACAGACUCCUAGGUAUGAUAAUAGGUGCCGGCACCUCCGGGCCAACCAGGUCCAGGAGAAGCUGGCUCAGGGACUUCCACAUGUGAUCCGGUUCCGUCUAGAAGCAGGAGUGGAGCCUUUUGAGGACCUGAUCUUUGGCUGGAAUCGUCACGAAGUGGCCCAGGUUGAGGGGGACCCUGUGGUGAUAAAAGCAGAUGGUUUCCCCACCUAUCACCUUGCGAACAUUGUAGAUGACCAUUACAUGAAGAUCAGCCAUGUUCUGAGGGGCUCAGAGUGGCUCAUCUCCACCUCCAAACAUCUUCUGAUGUACCGUGCUCUCGGGUGGCAGCCUCCCACCUUCGGGCACCUCCCGCUUCUGAUGAACAAAGAUGGCAGCAAACUUUCCAAGAGGCAGGGGGAUAUUUUCAUUCAGAGCUUCCAGAGAGACGGGGUUCUGCCAGAGGCUCUGCUGGAUAUCACCACCAACUGUGGAUCUGGAUUCACCACCAAUCGAAUGGGGCGGAGGAUAGAUGAGCUGAUUUCUGAGUUCAGUCCCUCAAAGAUCACAACCCACUCUGCUCUGUUAGAUCUGGAAAAACUGCCAGAGUUCAACCGGAUUCAUCUGCAGCAGCGAAUAGAGGACAAGGAGCAGUGUCAUUUGCUGGUGAAGGAUCUGCAGGGUCAGAUCCAGCUGGCCUAUACAGCAGAGAUUCAGGAUAAAGAAGUACUGCAAGAGGACUAUAUCAGCCGGGUCCUGCAUCUUCGCAAGGGCCACAUAUCCUCCCUAAGGGAGCUGGUAACCCCUGGUUACUCUUACCUUUGGGUGCGUCCUUCCUUCUCCCACCAGCAGGUGACAGCACUCACCUCCGAGGCUCAGCACAUUGCUUCGCUUGUCCUGAGACUGAUGGAAGAACGAGGUGAGGAGCUGGCAGUGGAUCAUCUCAGUAAGGAUCUGAAGACUCUGGCUAAACAGGCCAAGUCCACCAAGUACAGAGAAGUGAUGAAGCUGUUACGACUGGCUCUUAGCGGUCUGCAGCAAGGUCCCAGUGUGGCAGAGAUGAUGGUGUCUUUGGGACCCACAGAGAUCAGCCAUCGUUUACAGAAGCUCCUGCUGCUCUCACAAGCAAGCUAAAGGCUGGGCAGCUUAUCGCUGUGCCAGUUUACCUCUCACAAUGAUGGGGACAAGAGCUGCUAAUGAGGACACGGCUUCUAAGUUGUUUGGAGGGCACAGCUGUCAUGACGGUCACCUGCUUUACCUCACUCUGCAUGAGCCGCCGAUGAAGCUGUGCCAAGUAUGAAUGCACACAACUGUAUCCCCUUGAUAUCAGCCUAAUAAAGCCAAUCUGAUACUUGAAUCAUUAAACAAAUUUUACAGUAGUU